AUGGUUUUCUUUGAGAACUUGUAAAAGAUUAAGGAACAUAACAGUAACCCUAAUAACACUUAUUCUACCCAUUUAAACUAAUUCUCAGAUAUGAAUAAAGUAGAAUUUACAGAAAAAAUUCUUAUGAAAUAAGAUUUGGUUGACCAUUUAAUGAAUGGAAUCAGUUAAGAGGCAACUAAUUAUUAUAUUAAUAAUGAAAAUUAACUUAAUUCAAAAAGCCUUACUUUAGCUGCUUCAAUAGACUGA